AUGUACUCUCUUGCUCUGAUAGGCAAUGUCCUGGUUAUGAUGGUGGUGGCCUGGGACAGAAGCCUCCACGAGCCCAUGUACCUCUUCCUAGCAAUGCUGGCACUCAGUGAUGUCCUCCUCUGUACUGUCACAGUGCCCAAAAUGCUUCUCAUCUUCUGGCAGGGCCCUUCUCCAUCAACGUUUUCUGCCUGCCUCACACAGAUGUUCUUUGUCCAUGCUCUUUUCCUCUCUGAAUCUGCUGUUCUUCUGGCCAUGGCUUUUGAUCGCUAUGUGGCCAUCUGUGAACCACUCCAGUAUGUGACCCUACUUACAGGCUCUCUCACUGGCAAGGUUGGCCUGGCUCUGAUGGUCCGGAGUGUGGCUGUAGUCACUCCUGGUGUCCUCCUCAUUCUCCGGCUGCACUUUUGCAGAACCAAUAUCAUCCACCACACCUAUUGUGAGAACAUGGGCAUUGCCAAGUUGGCCUGCAAUAAUAUUUCCCUUAAUAGCAUUUAUGGACUCACUGUUGCUCUCCUUACCACAGGGUUGGACUUUGUCCUCAUCUCUCUCUCCUACUGGCUAAUCCUGAGGACAGUGUUCCGACUGCCUUCAAGGGGAGCUCGGACAAAGGCGUUUGGAACCUGUGGAGCUCAUAUAUGUGUCAUCUUGAUAUUCUACACUCUGGCCUUCUUUUCCUUCUUUACUCAUCGCUUUGGGCACCAUGUGCCCAGGCAUACUCUUAUCCUCCUGGCAAAUCUCUAUUUACUGAUGCCACCUACCAUGAACCCCAUUGUGUAUGGGGUAAAAACCAAAGAGAUAAGGAUGCGAGUACUAGGGCUCUGUAGUCAUUCAAAAUGACCUUAGGUAAAUGAAUCAACAAGGUCCGGGAAUGUUAAGGAUACAAUUCAGAUUGUAUCAUAUCUGAAUCAAUCCAGGCAGGCUUGUCCACAGAAGACCCAACUUCUGAUUAGAGCUUAAAAUAUUCAUGCUUCCAAAUCCUAUCUUCCUAAUAUGGGGUAAACAGGAAGUUAAAAGGGAAUCAUUAAGGUAUCAUCUAGGAAUAUUUCAACAUACUAGA